GCAAGAGAGUGAGAUAUGUCAGUCCCAGCUCAUCCAUGAUGUGCCACCUCUGGGCUCUGUGCACAGAGCCUCAUCUAGUCCCUGCCACGCACGUGGCGUGCAGCCUUUGCUCCAGACCGGCCUCAGGAAUCUGGUCAGCAGCCUUGAAUGGAGACCUGGGCCGAGUCAAGUCUUUAAUCCAGAAGGCAGUGGACCCUAGUCAGCCCGACUUGGCUGGCUACACCGCGCUGCACUACGCCAGCCGCAAUGGGCACUAUGCGGUAUGCCAGUUCCUGCUGGAAAGUGGGGCCAACUGUGACGCCCAGACACAUGGGGGUGCCACUGCCCUGCACCGGGCCAGCUACUGUGGGCACACUGAAAUUGCACGGCUUCUGCUCUCGCAUGGUUCCGACCCCAGGCUGGUAGAUGAUGACGGCAUGACCAGUCUACAUAAGGCUGCUGAGAAGGGUCACAUGGACAUCUGCACCCUUUUGUUGCAACACAGCCCGGCCCUGAAGGCCGUCCGGGAUCGGAAGGCAAGACUAGCAUGUGACCUGCUGCCCUGCCACAGUGAACUGCGGGACCUGCUGGCCAGCUGAACUGCACCCUUGUCUCAGGCUGCUGUGAAGGGCACACAGACCAGAUCUCCAGGCCCCUGCUGCGGUCAGCAUCCAUGCUGCAGGGUAGGAAACAGGCCCAGAGGCCCAGGAAGAGCCCGAUUUUGGCAGCUGAAGUGAGGGAGUAGACUUGGGGGACUGCAAGUGCUUAAGCCUGAGCAGGUGAUCCUAUUCUAAAUUAGUUCAUGUGGAAACAUCUAUCUGUUGGGAAAAAAUAAAGUUAUAUCCUUACCUCCUCCCAUGCCCAAAAUUAAAUUUCAAAUAGA